UUCUGUAUACACACGUGGGGUAGAGUAAAAAUGAAAAAUGGCGCUAUUCAUACGUGCAUCAACUAAUAAAUCGUUAUUAUUAAUUACAAAUAAAUAUUACAAUAAAUUAUGUGUUACCUCAUUAAAAUUAAAUACUCUUCCCGUAAUGACACGAGCAAAUUAUUCAAUUAACAAUAAUUACAAUAGUUCACGUGGUAUCGGUACUUUGAGUGCUGAUUAUAACCAAAAAAACUCUGAAACUUUCUUAGAUGAAAAAGAACAAGAUGAAGAAAAUUCACCUGGACCAUUUGAUACGUUAAUAUCAAAACGUAGAUCACAAGCUCAGAGAUCGGUUCUUAUUCAAGGCGAAUCUCCUAGAUCUUACGCAGAAUUGUAUUUGUACUGUCAGAGUUUCGGACCGAUCAAUUCUAUACACCAAUAUACGAUUCCUACUGAAGGAGAUUUUUUUUUAGUUGAAUAUGAAGAUUUAUCAUCAUUUAAAUCAUUAAUAGAAUCAUCUACGCAUGUUAAUUUAAAUGAAGUAGUACCGGUUCAAUCGCAAAUGCUGUGGUUUCGUGAUACGCUGCUACGCAAAAAUACACAGGGACCAUUGGGGGCAUUUAAAAAAGCUGAAACUUUACCAUUGGCAGUAGAAAUAAGAAAAUAUCCAAAUAAAUUAAUAACAAAUGAUUAUAUAAAAAAAUUAAUUAGUAGUAAAGAAACAGUCUCUGAACAAAUGGAAAUAAUUUACAAAGAAAGUAAAUUACAAGACAUUGAUUUGAGGCUGCGAUUUUUCAUAGCCAAUCAAAUGGAAUUAAGUUUAUCUGGUAUGUUUCCAAAUGUCACAGCCUUACCGUUCGGCUCGACUGUCAACGGGUCCGGUAAAUGCGACUCGGAUCUUGAUUUAGUUAUCAAUUUACAAACAAAACCGGAGUCUAAAUCAAGUCGCCUUGUAUUUCAAACAAAAGCAGCUGCAUCCGAUGCACAGGUGAACGCAGCCCGUCUAUUAGAACCAAUAUCCGGAUUGAUGCGUAAUUAUUUACCGGGUAUCCGAAAUAUUGAAAAAAUACUUCACGCGCGAGUACCAAUCGUCAAGUUUCACCAUCUCUACACCAACAUCGAGUGUGAUUUAAGCGUGAGCAAUAUGACUGCCGUCUAUAUGUCCGAGUUGUUGUAUCUGUACAGUGAAUUCAACCCGAAAGUAAGUCCGCUUAUUUACACAGUCAGACAGUGGGCGUCAUUUGUCGGUCUCACGAAUUCAAAAGUACCCGGGCCCUGGAUCUCAAACUUUUCACUUACCCUACUCGUACUAUUUUACUUACAACAAAAAGAAAUCUUACCCUCCAUAGAUUAUCUCAAAAUGAAUGCCAGAUUAUCAGAUAUUCGCAUUGCAGAUUCAUCAGUAAAUUGUACAUUUUUACGUGACUUAACAAAAUGGCCUGUCGGCAAAUGCGCAGAUACAUCAUUAGAAGAUUUAUUACAUGAGUUUUUUAGUUUUUACGCGGAAUUUGACUUCACGACACAGGCGGUAUCAUUGCGGAAGGGGGCGAGUAUCAACAAACCGACCACCCAAGGACCUAAAAAACAUACGUCGCCUCUUCAUAUUUGUAACCCAUUGGAAACGUCAUUGAAUGUAAGUCAUAAUGUUUCUGUUAAUGAAAUAACCGGGUUUAUAAUUGCCGCCCAAAAAGCCGCGGCGUUGAUGGACGAAGGCAACGAUUAUUAUCCUCGCGGGUUACUUGAUAUAUUUGUUGAAAAGAAAAAGUCGCUUGAUAAAAGAUUUACUUUGGGGAAGAGAAACACUACGAAACCAAGAGUACAAGUUUCAAAAUUAUUCACAUUAGAUCAAGAUAAUGUUAAUAAACAUAAAAAUAAUAAUAAUAAUAGUAAUAAUAGUUAUAAUAAUAAUAGAGAUACUGUUGAUGUUAAGCGUACAAGUUCAAAACAAUCCCACGGUAAGAGAAGAUGAAAUUUUUAUAAAUAAAAAAAAUGACUAAAAAAAUAAAUAAGUCUAGUUGAUUUUUUUAUUUUGAAUUGUUAAAGAAAUUGACAUCCUAUUUAUUUAAUUAUUUUUCAUAGUAUUGUUAAUUUUUAUAUUAUUGUUAAUAUUUUAUGUUGGGAAAUUUUAAAAUUUAUUUUAACGAUUUUUUGUGGCAGCAUUGAGUGAUAAUUUAAAAAUUUGGGAAAAAAUACUCAGAUAUGAUCAUAUAUAUCUACGUAUGAUCAGAUAUUAGCAUAUAUGAUUAUGUGAUAUUAGGUAUGAUCGUAUAUGACAUCAGGUGUGAUCAUAUGUCACUUUAAACAUGAUCAUACAUAACAUCAGAUAUGAUCACAUGGUCCAUACAUGAUCACAGAUUGUCAUAUAUAUGACAUCAGAUGUGAUCAUAUGUUAUAUCAAACAUGAUCACAAACAAUAUCGUAUAUGAUCAUAUAUUACAUUGAACAUGAUCAUACAUAAUACCAGAUAUGGUCACAUAUGAUUCAUACAUGAUCAUAAAUUGUCAUAUAUAUGAUAUCAGAUGUGAUCAUAUGUUAUAUCAAACAUGAUCACAAACAAUAUCGUAUAUGAUCAUAUAUUACAUUAAAUAUGAUCAUACAUAAUACCAGAUAUGGUCACAUAUGAUACAUACAUGAUCAUAGAUGGUAAUAUAUGAUAUCAGAUGUGAUCAUAUGUUAUAUCAAACAUGAUCACAAUCAAUAUCGUAAAUAAUCAUAUAUUACAUUAAACAUGAUCAUACAUAAUACCAGAUAUGGUCACAUAUGAUCCAUACAUGAUCAUAGAUGGUAAUAUAUAUGAUAUCAGAUGUGAUCAUAUGUUAUAUCAAACAUAAUCACAAACAAUAUCGUAUAUGAUCAUAUGUUACAUUAAACAUGAUCAUACAUAAUACCAGAUAUGGUCACAUAUGAUUCAUACAUGAUCAUAGAUGGUAAUAUAUGAUGUCUCAUAUGGUCAUAUGAUAUCAGAUAUGAUCAUAUGUGACAUCAGAUAUGAUAUCGGAUAUAAUCAUACAUGAUUCCAAAUAUCCCACAUAUGUUUUAUACAUAUUAUCAGAUAUGACCAUAAAUAACAUCAUUCAUGAUCAUAAAUAAUAUCAGAUAUGGUCAUAUAUGAAUCAUACAUGAUAUCAGAUAUAAUCAUAUGUGAUAUCAAACAAGAUCUUCAACAAAAUCCGAUAUGGCCACUUAUGAUCUAUACAUAGCCAUAUAUGAUAUCAGAUAUGGUCAUAUGUGAUCAAGAAUGAUCAUAUAUUUUUAAGCAGAAUCUGUAAAUAUGCGAAUGCUUAGAUCUGAUACAUGAUUGACAAAAAAAAAGUUCUAUCUGAUCAUAUAUAAACAAAUAUGAUGAAGCACAAUCAUACAUGUACAUAUAUAGUUAUACGUGAUCAGAUACGAGCGGACGUAAUUGUAUAUAAUUGGAUAUGGAUAUUUAUUGCGUCUGAUCAUAUUUAAAUGUUCAUAUAUAAUCAUAUAUGAUCAUAUCUGUAUUUUUUUGCGAAUAGUCUAAACAAUUAUACAGUUCACUCUGUAAAAAGUUGAUAGUCACCAGAUAUCUUCGCUGUACUAUCCAAUGAAAUGAAAUGAAUUGAAGUGAAUUAAUAAUUAUUGGAAAAAUUACUAUUUUAUUUUGAACCUGAAAAUUUGAACUUGAAUUUAUUUAAAUUAUAAAUUAUAGUAAAUGAAUACUAAUCUAAUGAGAACUUGAUUAUAAAUUUAAUCGUUCCGACAGAAAUAUUACAAUUAUAUAAAAAUUGUAAUAUUUUAAAUUGUUUCGUUUUCGCACUGUACAUAUUUUAACUAAUAACUUUUUUUAAAAAUAACUAGUUAUGAUAUAAUACAUUUUUGUAAUGUAAUGAGUAAAUUGAAAAAAAU